GCCCACACGGCGGAGAAGGAGAAGCGCCUGGCGCAAUUCCGACAGGAAGAGCUGCCGGACAGCCAUGAUGGACAGGAUCUUGAGCGAUGGCUCGCUGAAGAGGACCUUGAAUCCUGCACCGAUGUCGGCUUCAGCAUGGUGUGUUUCACCGACAUCCUGGACACUGACUGCAUGGCCGACUCUAGUUCGGCCAGCAGCAGCCAGCAGUCCACCGGCCGCAUGCGACGGACUCCAGAGGAGCUCGAAGCCAUGCAGCUGAGAGAUGCCGCCCGGUGGACGGGAGCCCGGUCGUCUCCGACGCGGUUGCCAAACGCCGAGGAGGAGAGACGGGAGAGGCACCGCAAGGCCGCGCUCCAUCCGGACGCUGUG